CUGAGGCGAUUCUUGUCUUCGUGCUGUGUCCGAUCUCGGGCAUUUGCCACCGACGACGCAAGGCGAGCACACUGCGCCGGCGGGCGGACCGCUCAUUGCAAAAGGUGGAACCGCCACCUUAGCGGCCCCCUGGGUCCGCUCAUGAAGAGAUCAGGCGACGCCCAGCGAUCGAUCCGCUGCAACCGCUGAGAUCUACGAGAUCUGAUCGGUUUCGGUCGGAUCUCUGACCGGCACCCCGGCGCGCGGCUGUUUCAUGGAGUGGCGGCCAUGGCCGCGUUCGUGGGAGUCAGAGACGUCACAUUGGCGGGCACUGGCGGGGCCUCGGCGGUGGCGGUCUCGGGCGGAGCAUCUGGCGAGGGUUCCGGCCUGCCGUACUCGCCGGCCAAGAUGAAGGCGGCCUCCCGGGGCCGCGCCUACUAUUCCCUCCUCCUCCUCCCCCGCGUCCGGAAGCUCUCUAAGGUCCCGAUCCUCCUCGCUGCCGGCGUCGUCCUCGCCAUCCUGCUCCUCGUUCGCCAGGUAGGCCCUCUGAUGGGCUGGAGCUACCAUCCGUCUUUGUCCUCCGCCUCGUCCUCCAGGGAUGGCUACACAGUGCUUAUUAACACUUGGAAGCGUGAUUCUCUUCUCAAGAAAACUGUGGCUCAUUACGCAUCUUGCCCCAAGGUUGAUGCAAUACAUGUAGUUUGGAGUGAACCGGACCCUCCAUCAGAAAGCCUUAAAACCCAUCUCAGAAAUAUCUUAGAGUCCAAGUAUUCAAAUAAGCCAUAUUUUCAGUUUAACUUGAAUGAGGAAGAUGACUUGAAUAAUAGAUUUAAGCCUAUUGAAGGCCUCAAAACUGAUGCAAUCUUCUCAGUAGAUGAUGAUGUGAUAGUUCGUUGCUCUAUGCUGGAAUUUGCAUUCACAGUCUGGCAAACUGCUUCCGACACAAUGGUUGGAUUUGUUCCGCGAAUGCAUUGGUUAAGUAAGGAGGAGAACGGUGGAAUUCACUACAAGUAUCGUGGGUGGUGGUCUGUAUGGUGGACAGGCACUUACAGUAUGAUUCUCUCAAAGACUGCUUUUUUCCAUCAAAAGUACUUGGACAUGUAUACACAUCAGAUGCCAUCAGCAAUUCGUGAAUAUGUACGCAGGAAAAGAAAUUGUGAAGACAUUGCAAUGUCUCUGCUUGUUGCCAAUGCCACUCGAGCUCCUCCAAUUUGGGUUAAAGGCAUGAUAUAUGAGAUUGGAAGCUUUGGCAUUAGUAGCUUGGAGGGCCAUAUCGAAAGGAGGACAACGUGCCUCAAUGACUUCAUUUCCCUUUAUGAAUCUAUGCCUCUAGUUUCAACCAGCACGAAGGCGGUAGAUGCACGACAAGCUUGGUUCUGGUAGCGGAAGCCCAAGCCCUGCAGUCGUUCAUCACCAAUGUCUUUGAAAUUUCGCUCAUUGAAGGGCGAGCUUUCGGGUUCUUGACAAUGCACCUAUUGGCCAGCUUAGCAACUUCGCGUGCAGCCUGAAGAGGAUACUCGUUUCUCAGUCUUGGGUCCACGAUCAUGCUAAAUCUCCUGGAGUCAAUCGGAAACUGCUGCACCCAAUCUAGGAGCCUUUGCUCAUUCUUUGGACGGUUCACCUCUAGUGAUCGCCUACCUGUAAGAAUUUCGUACAAAACUACUCCGAAACUCCAUACGUCACUCUUGAUUGUUAGAUGCCCAGUCUCAAUGUACUCUGGAGCUGCGUAUCCUCGAGUUCCUACUACCUUAUGAACAAAAGGAGAAUGUGUGAAUGAUUUACAGCCAACAUUCUUUCUGUGGAAAUAAGAUGGACCAUAAUGCUUUAUUUCAUUGUUAA